UUUCUUUCUAAGUUGUUUUUACCUAGAACUUAAAAGUGGGCAUGAAUAAAUCAAAUAUGGGUGGUUUUUAUUUUCCUGUUAGGAAAAAAUUAGUGACUGAUCUUUUAAAUUGACUUAGUGCAUAUACUAUGUAUUGUGCAUAUGAACAAACAAAUACUUAGUAAAAGGUUGUCUUGAAGGGACAUAUUGAUAUAUUUCAAAUAAAAGAACUUAACAAAAAUGAGGAAAAUGCCUAACAUUCUGGUAAGACAGUGAAGGAGGCAUGAGCAAUGUUUGUUUAGAAAAUUAUCUGAGAACUUUAAACAAAUCUCUGAGGGUAUAUUCUUACUUGUAAUUGUUCAUCUAAUUACACUACAGAGGCUUAUUAGCUGCUCCAAGAUGCACUGCUUUCCAUUCUGUGGUGGAAACAAAAGGACCGUAGUAGUGGUUAUCUAGCAGAAGAAUUGUGAUCUUUGAAUUCUAAUACAAGAAACUUAGAAGUCUCUUAGUUAUUUCCACUGUCUCAAGGGAGAAUCAUUAAGUUUAUGUCAUUUUCAAUGCCUAAAGCAAGAGUCAAAAAGUUAAGAUUCAAUUCUCACUGGGUUGCUAUUGUUUGGGACUUUGGACAAUAGAAAAAAGUAUGAACAGGUAAUUUAGGGUUUUUUGCAUUACUGGUACCUGACAAAACAAACUUGAACUUCCCUAUUUCCUAGAAACUUGGAGGAAAUAAUUUCUGUCCAGAAUGGUAAAGUGGUGUCGUAUCCCAUUUAUAAGCAUAUUUUAAUCAAAAGAUGUAAUAACGUGUAGUGGUCAAGAUCAUAGUCUCUAGAGUCAAGUAAUCCUUGGUGCGUUUACCUGCUUCAUCAUUUUAACCAGUUGUAUAUUUUUCUCAGAGCCAGUUUCCUAAUCUGUAAAAUGGGGGUAGACUAGGAUUGCUGUGAAGAUUAAAUGAAAUUUAUCAAAGUCUUCAGCAAAGUGCCUGGUGGGAUGUCUUCUCCAGGGCUAUCCAGGUCUGUCCUAGACACCACCUUUGAAAAAUGAGAUCCUUUCUAUCUAAUUUAACCUAGAUUAGAGGCAUCACCGAGAACACCUUCUGAAGCAUGACUAAUAUGUCCUGCACGAGACAUGAAGGCACAGACGUCUUUCUUCCUCAUUCUCAUAUCAUCUCUGAGUGGAUCUCAAGGCAUAUUCCUUUCGGCUUUCUUCACUUAUGUUCCUAUGAAUGAACAAAUCAUCAUUGGAAGACUUGGUGAAGAUAUAAUUCUCCCUUCUUCAUUUGAGAGGGGAUCCGAAGUUGUAAUACACUGGAAGUAUCAAGAUAGCUACAAUAGCUACAAUGUUCACAGUUACUACAAAGGCAGUGGCCAUUUGGAAAGCCAAGAUACCAGAUAUGCAAACAGGACAUCCCUUUUCUAUAAUGAGAUUCAAAAUGGGAAUGCGUCUCUAUUUUUCAGAAGAUUAAGCCUUCUGGACGAAGGAAUUUAUACCUGCUAUGUAGGAACAGCAAUUCAAGCGAUUACAAACAAAGUGGUGCUAAAGGUGGGAGUUUUUCUCACACCCAUGAUGAAGUAUGAAAAGAGGAACACAAACAGCUUCUUAAUAUGCAACGUGUUAAGUGUUUAUCCUCGUCCAAUUAUCACGUGGAAAAUGGACAACACACCUAUCUCUGAAAACAAUAUGCAAGAAACAGGGUCUUUGGGUCCUUUUUCGAUUAACAGCACGCUGAAUAUUACAGGAUCAAAUUCAUCUUAUGAAUGUACAAUUGAAAAUUCACUGCUGAAGCAAACAUGGACAGGGCGCUGGACAAUGAAAGAUGGCCUUCAUAAAAUGCAAAGUGAACAUGUUUCACUCUCAUGUGAACUUGUAAAUGAUUAUUUUUCACCAAACCAAGACUUCAAAGUUACUUGGUCCAGAAUGGAAAGUGGGAUUUCCUCUAUCCUGGCUUACUAUCUCAGCUCCUCACAAAAUACAACUUUCUAUGAAUCCCGAUUCUCAUGGAACAAAGAGCUGAAAAACCACAGUGACUUCUCUAUGAAUUUGACGGAUCUUAGUCUUUCAGACAGUGGGGAAUAUUUGUGCAAUAUUUCUUCGGAUGAAUAUACUUUACUCACCAUACACACGGUGCACGUAGAACCAAGCCAAGAAACAGCUUCCGAUAACAAAGGCUUAUGGAUUUUGGUGGCCAGUCUGAUUUUGGUGCUCUGUCUGAUUUUGCUGAUUUGGAAAGUAAAAUGUUGCACAGGUAAUAUCUCAGGAAGAAUUUGGGCUCUGCCCCACAUGUUCCACAUCAUGUAUAUUAAAGAUAACAUGGAAAUACAUGCCCAAACAGCUACUGGGCAUGUAAAUUGAUCUGAAUUUUCUGGAAUGUCAUUCACAAAAUUCACCCAAAAUCUUUUAAAAUGCUCCUACAUUUCCACCUAACCGUUGCACUUCUAGGAAUUUAUCUCACAUUAAAUGAGCAGAGGUACACCAAACUAUAUACAAGCAUAUUCACUGCAGCACACUGCUAUUGCUUUUAGAUUUCCUACUAUUGUCAAUA